AUAACAUCGAUAACAUUGUUAAAACAUUUUUUUGAACAUCAUCAUCGUAUGUUUGAAAGAUUACAAAAAGAUAUUGAUGAACAUAGUCGACAAUUGUCACGUUAUAUAACGAUAAUAUUUGCAAUGUCAACAAUGGUUACAACAUAUUCAUCAUAUCUAUUGUUUAUGACUAAACAACGUUUCAUUUAUCAAUGUCUUUAUUGUAUGAUUGCUCAUGCACAGAUCAAUACAUUAUCUGUAAUGAUUAUUGGCUGUGCUAAAGUACGUAAUAAUAAUGAAAAAUUAUUACGUUUAAAACAAAAAUGUCUAAUGCUGUCCAUUUGUGAGAAGAAAAUUUUCACUACUCAUCAAUUAUUGAAGUUUGAUGCAUUGACCACCACAUUGCUUGAUAGACCAUUGGGUUUUCAAUUAACAAAUGGCGUUAUAAUUACAUCAUAUACAUUCAUCACUGUAAUAGUGAAUAUUAGUACAUUUUUCUUUCUAAUAUCACAGAAUAUUAUUGCUACAAAACAAUUGACAACCAUAAACAACACAUAA